AUGCAUACAAUUGGUUUGUAUCAGUUCCCGUUCAUUGCAACUGGACAGCCCGGUUAUGUUUACGGUCCACAGCCUGUUUUUGUUCACCCGUCCGUCGCAGCAGCAGCGGCAGCGGCUGCAGCACAUGCACCAUUCUCACAAACGCACCAAUCUCAUGGACAACCAACUACGGUGGAGCAUUAUCAAGGAGCAGCGAACGAGCCAGGAGGAAUGCAGCAGGGGCAGAUUCAAGCUCCGACAGCGAUGCAUCAGGCAUACGGCGCUGCGGGUGACCAGUUUUACGGGCAAUACGUACACCCGCAGCAGCAGCCGGUGAUAUAUCAGCCACAGGGAGCAGCCGGUACUGUUUCAUCCACUCGUCAUAAUUCGAUAACCGCUGCAAACAGUGGUCCACCACUUCAGCAACAACAACCGUACCAACACACCAUUGUUCAGGGCAAUCAGUCCCAGCCAAGUUAG